GCGCGCGCGAGCGCGGGGCGGGGGACGGUUGCCGCAGGCUGAGGGGAGUCGCCAUGCCUACAACACAGCAGUCGCCUCAGGAUGAGCAGGAGAAGCUCCUGGAUGAAGCCAUUCAGGCUGUGAAGGUCCAGUCAUUCCAGAUGAAACGAUGCUUGGACAAGAAUAAACUCAUGGAUGCUCUAAAACAUGCCUCUAAUAUGCUUGGUGAACUCCGGACUUCCAUGUUGUCUCCAAAGAGCUAUUAUGAACUUUAUAUGGCUAUUUCUGAUGAACUGCACUACCUAGAGGUCUAUUUGACAGAUGAGUUUGCCAAAGGACGGAAAGUGGCGGACCUCUAUGAGCUCGUUCAGUACGCUGGAAAUAUUAUCCCAAGACUCUAUCUGCUGAUAACAGUAGGCGUUGUUUACGUCAAGUCAUUUCCUCAGUCCAGGAAAGAUAUUUUGAAAGACUUGGUGGAAAUGUGCCGUGGUGUACAGCAUCCUUUAAGGGGUCUGUUUCUCCGAAACUACCUUCUUCAGUGUACCCGAAACAUCUUGCCAGAUGAAGGAGAACCUACCGAUGAAGAGACCACCGGAGACAUCAGUGAUUCCAUGGACUUUGUUCUGCUAAACUUUGCAGAAAUGAAUAAACUCUGGGUGCGAAUGCAACACCAAGGACAUAGUCGGGAUAGAGAAAAGAGAGAGCGGGAAAGACAGGAGCUGAGAAUUUUAGUGGGAACAAAUUUGGUCCGCCUCAGCCAAUUGGAAGGUGUAAAUGUGGAGAGAUAUAAACAGAUCGUCUUGACCGGCAUUUUGGAGCAAGUUGUGAACUGCCGGGAUGCUUUGGCUCAAGAAUAUCUCAUGGAAUGCAUUAUCCAGGUUUUCCCUGACGAAUUUCAUCUCCAGACCCUGAACCCUUUCCUGCGGGCCUGUGCCGAGUUGCACCAAAAUGUAAACGUGAAAAACAUCAUCAUUGCUUUAAUUGAUCGAUUAGCUUUAUUUGCUCAUCGUGAAGAUGGACCUGGAAUUCCAGCUGACAUUAAACUUUUUGACAUAUUUUCUCAGCAAGUGGCUACUGUAAUUCAGUCCAGACAAGAUAUGCCUUCAGAGGAUGUGGUGUCUUUGCAAGUGUCUCUCAUUAACCUGGCCAUGAAGUGCUAUCCAGAUCGAGUGGAUUAUGUUGAUAAAGUGCUUGAAACAACUGUGGAAAUAUUUAAUAAACUCAAUCUAGAACAUAUUGCUACAAGCAGUGCUGUUUCAAAGGAGCUAACAAGACUGUUAAAGAUACCUGUAGACACCUACAACAACAUCUUAACAGUUCUGAAAUUAAAGCAUUUCCAUCCACUCUUCGAAUACUUCGACUAUGAGUCCAGAAAAAGUAUGAGCUGUUAUGUCCUUAGUAAUGUGCUGGAUUAUAACACUGAAAUUGUCUCUCAAGACCAGGUCGAUGCGAUCAUGAAUUUGGUAUCCACGCUGAUUCAGGACCAGCCAGAUCAACCCGCAGAAGAUCCUGAUCCUGAGGACUUUGCUGAUGAACAAAGCCUUGUUGGAAGGUUCAUUCAUCUCCUGCGGUCAGAUGACCCCGAUCAGCAGUACUUGAUUUUAAACACAGCACGGAAACAUUUCGGAGCAGGUGGGAACCAACGCAUUCGCUUCACACUGCCACCUCUAGUAUUUGCAGCAUAUCAACUGGCUUUUCGCUACAAGGAGAAUUCCAAAGUGGAUGACAAAUGGGAAAAGAAAUGCCAGAAGAUCUUCUCCUUUGCUCAUCAGACCAUCAGCGCAUUGAUCAAAGCCGAGCUGGCCGAGUUGCCGCUACGUCUUUUUCUUCAAGGAGCUCUGGCCGCUGGGGAAAUUGGCUUUGAAAACCACGAAACGGUGGCGUAUGAGUUCAUGUCCCAGGCUUUUUCUCUGUAUGAAGAUGAAAUCAGUGAUUCCAAAGCCCAGCUGGCUGCCAUCACCUUGAUCAUCGGGACAUUCGAGAGGAUGAAGUGCUUCAGCGAAGAGAACCACGAGCCUUUGAGGACUCAGUGCGCAUUGGCAGCCUCCAAACUUCUUAAGAAACCCGAUCAGGGCCGGGCAGUAAGCACCUGCGCGCAUCUGUUCUGGUCGGGGCGAAACACGGACACGAAUGGAGAGGAGCUCCACGGAGGCAAGAGGGUAAUGGAGUGCCUGAAGAAAGCUCUAAAGAUAGCCAACCAGUGCAUGGAUCCCUCACUGCAAGUUCAGCUUUUUAUAGAGAUUCUGAACAGAUAUAUCUAUUUUUAUGAAAAGGAAAACGAUGCGGUGACAAUUCAGGUUUUGAAUCAGCUCAUCCAGAAGAUACGAGAAGACCUUCCAAACCUUGAGUCCAGUGAAGAAACAGAACAGAUAAACAAACAUUUUCAUAAUACGCUGGAACAUUUGCGUUUGAGGAGGGAAUCACCAGAAUCUGAGGGGCCAAUUUAUGAAGGUCUUGUCCUUUAAAGAUGAAAACACAUACCCUGUAUUUACCCCUUUCCAUUUACAUUCGGUAUGUCUUUUUGUUUAUCAUACUAGAUUUUUUUUUUCCCCAUAGAUUGUGCCUUUCAGAAAUGCCAAGUUAUGUUUCCUUCUUUAUUUGUGAUGUGAUUUGCCCAGUACCUCCAGACACUCACCUUUAUAAACUAAUUCACUUAGAUGGUUCAGGUUUGCCCAGCACCUGCCAAAAGCAGCGCUGAAAGUAGCAUGAUCGAUCUGUUUCUUUUAAAUUCCUCAGACCUGUAAGGCUCUUCUUUCUUUUGUUUCUUUUCUCCUCCAUUGUUGUGGCUUCUGUAAUUUUCUUUGGCCCCAAGGAGUACUAACCAGGAAAAUUAUAGUGCUUAUCCGUCUGUAGUCUAUCUUGAUUUUUUUUUUGUUUAACAGGAUAUUUGAUUUUGGGGGACACUGUUGUUCGUUGAACUCUGCUUGAGCUUUUUCUUUAAGUGCAGGACAAGGCAUUGUAAUAUUUUCCCUAAAACUAGAAUAUAUUAAUGCAUGUUUGAGAGUUUUAAAGCACCAUGGUCAGAAACAGAAGUUUAUAUUUUGCAUAUUUGGGCUCUAAAAUUCAUUGAGGGCCUGUUCUGUCCACAGGACAUAUUUAUCAAGAUAGUUUUGUUUCAAAUAGUAUAAAAUAGAUAAUUUGUGACAUAGUUUAUGUAUUACCUUCAUUAUUGUAAAUUUAGGGGGAAAAUGCAUUACACGAGUAUGAUUUUGCACCAGUGAAACAAUAAAGUUGCUAUUAACAAUUA